AUGGAGGAUCACGACAGAGAAGAAAAGUUGAUUGUUGAUCAACAAGAAAAUCAUAAAGAGAGCGAAGAAGAAGAGUCACAAGAAAAAGAGGAAUCAGAGAUUAUUACUGUCGAGGUUCAUCAAGAAGAUGAAAAUACAGAACAAGAGGCGUCCAAUGAAGAGGUCUUGGACCUAUCCAUAAAAAGAGAUCUUCCAUCAACAUCAGAAACAAACACUGGUAACGAUGAUAAAAACGAGAAUGAUGAAACAAACAAAGAGAAAAAGAAGAAAUCCAAUCCAAAGAUGGUACGAAUAUUAAACGUCACCUCACUGGAAGAAAGCAUGAACGUAGCUAACAAACUUAUGACGGAAACUAUGGUGAGAGUGACUUCUUCAAUGGAGCUAAUGGCAAGACAUGCAGCAAACAUGUCAGACACUGCCAUAUUGCUCAAGAAGACCUGCGAGAAGUUAAACCAAGUUACCAUUGAAAACAUGAAGAUGGCAAGCAUGCUGACAGAAUUUGGAGGAAAAGAGGUCGAGGCAAUUAAAGAGAGAAACAGACUCUUAGAGGUAAACCCUAAUUUUUCUAACGCAAAAUCAGAAUCAAAUAAAAGAAAAUCUAAUAUAACCCAGUCAAGCCCCAUUAAGAGAUACAAAAAUGAUGAAAAUCAAUUUAGUAAAGAGUUAGAGUCAAUUAAAAGAAGGUUAGAGCAAAAAGAUUGAACAAAUGCGAAAAUAAAUAUCAAG